UGCAAGCAAACGCAGAACGUGUAACAUCUUCGAAACGGCAGCGCGCUGAACUUGGAGCACAUUUCAAAUAAAGUACACAAAACACACACAGUGCGGCGCAUUUAAUAUUUUUAUAACAACAAAAUAAACAAGUGGAAGUCAGCGAAAGCCAACACUUGAUACAAUGGGUUGCACCACAGCGAGCGUUAAAAUCAGCAGCAUAGUAGUUAAUGCUAUUUUGGCGCUACUUGCGUUGGGCGCCAUCGGUUGGAUCGCCUACAACUCGGAGACGGAGAGCGAAGAAUUUGUCAUUGCCUCUUAUGUGACUGCGGCCGUGAUAUUGCUCUUUGCUUUUUUGGGCAUUUUCGCUGCCAUACGUGAGUCAGUCUGCCUGACUGCGACAUGCGCUGUCUUUUUGCUGCUGCUGGCUGUGCUGCAAAUUGUGAGCACCUGCAUUGUGCUGCAUCCGCAUGAGAUCAAGAGCGCCCAGACCACUGUGGAUAUGGCCUGGCAGGCCAACAACAUGGACGAGCUGCAGCAGAAGUACGAGUGCUGCGGCAAGGCCAGUGCUCAGGACUAUGUGCACUUGGAUCAGAUCAUUCCGCCCAGUUGCUACAGGAACUUGCAGCAGUCGGCUGACUCGCUCUUCUUGGAGGGCUGCAUCGAGAAGGUGCAAAGCUACUAUGAGGCGGACAAGCUGCGCUUUAUUAUUGUGUCCUGGGUGCUGGUGGCCUUCGAGCUGCUCUGCUUUGUUUUGGCCACGUUCUUGGCCAUUAGUUUCCGCAACAAGCAACGACGCUUGCAAUUUUAAUUAUACGGCCAAACUGGAGUACAAACCAAGCCUGGGCUGCAUAAAUCGCGUAUAAAUCUAAAAGUAUUUUAUUAAUGAUAUACACUAACACGCAAACCAAAAAUAAUUUUAAUUUUCAAUCGCAGUCAUAAGCAAAAGCCUUAAUAACAACUAUAAAUUGCUUCAAACACAACAAUGAACUCUUAAGCUUAGGUAGCUAAUUUAUGUAGCUCUAACUAUUAAUUUAUAAAAAUAAACUAUCUAUACAUGUGUGUGUGCGUA